AUGUCAUCCCGCUCCACCCGCGCCCACUCCGCCGAACCGCGCUUCAUGGCUCCCACCUUCGCCUCGAAUGCGCGUGCCCGCCGUGCCACCUCCGCCGAAUCAUCCAUCCCAACCGCCCCUUCAUCCAUCCGCAUGACGCACUCAAAGUCUCGUGCCAGCUCGGUUCAGGCUCAUUCUGCCGUUACAGCAUCUCCCGAGCGUGUCCAGCGCACUGUCAAGACGCUUUCCAAGCUACAAGCCCUCUCCUCUUCCGUUGGCCUCACUGUGCAUGAGCGACCAUCCGACAGCAAGUCCGUCCCGGCAAAGCCUCACCAAGAUAAACUCAAUGACUCCACCGCACCCCUCGCCUUCGAAGGCACUCACAAGCUCCAGCGCACCGGCUACGGUGAUGCACGCGCCGCUCGGGAGGACCGGAUGGGCAAUGCAAUGUCGACCAUUGCACAAGCCAAGGGUCUCAUCGACGACGAGACGGCGAAGAACUGGAGCACUUCGUGGCGCACCAAGGGCCACAUCAAGCUCAACUGGUCUGAGCAAAAAGUUGCGAAGUACAAUGCCGAGAAUGGCGUUAUGAGUGAGAGUUUGAUGAGCUUCAAGGAGGCGGAGGCCAUCAAGAAGAAGAAGGAUCAAGAUUUGGAGGAGUGGUGCAUGGCGUACAAUCUCGGCAUCAUCGAUGAAACCGGAAAUCUAACCGGGUCACGGGCUGAAAUGCCUGUCAUGAAGUCGAAGUCGCGAGAGCGCGAUGCGAGGAGGGAAGACGCAAAGAAGGAAGCGGAGAAACAGGAUCCGCUGAAGAAGGUGAAGGAGGGUAGGGUUACGAAGAAGAUUGGGCCAAAGAAGACUACCGAUUUGCCCACCACUACUAAAGGUUCGUCGCCUGCAUCAUCUCCGGCCGCGAAGCCAACGAAGAAGGCGGAUGUGGAGACUGCCACAAAGCCGGCGAAAGCCGCACCCAAGAAAGCCGCUUCGAAGAGCGUGAAGAAACCUGAUGAGCUCCCUAUCGCUCAUCGUCCUGGUCGACCUUCUUACGCAGAGUACGAAUAUUACGAGCUUGUUGCACUAUGUAGGGAUCGCAACAUCAAGUCUGGUGGGGGGGAUCAGGCUGUUCGAAACCACCUGAUUCGAGACGAUAUCGCUCUCGAUGACCGUCUGCCUACUCGCGACGCAAAGAACUACACGUCACGUAAUGAGAGCAAGACUUUGGCUCCGGUGGUGCCGAACAUGCCUAUUGCUCCUCCAGCCGUCUAUGUGCGUCCGGCCCCCAAGAAGAAGGGCACGAAGCGCACCCGGAAUGGCGAUGACGAUGACGAUGACGAUGACGAUGACCAGCCCAAGAAGAAGGGCAAGAAAGUGAAGACCACCUAA